AUGUCAGACCUAAACAACAUCCCUCCAUCCCGCCGAUACUCCCUCACUCGCGAACACCACACCGUCACACCAGGCGUCGACAACCUCGGCCCAGGCUCUCCAGGCGGCGGAAUCAGCGGAAUCGCCCUGGGAAUAGCAAACACCCACGAUCGCCAGAGCGGUAUCGACGCCUCCCACAUCGACUACACAGGUCCCCGCGAGCGCGACUACAACACCACCGGCUCAGACACGCCCUACAUCCCCUCCCCGGGCUUCGUCAGCGCCGAGUCUCUGCGCGGCCACUCCUACGGCUCCAGUUCCAAUAUGGGUCUCGAGGCAGCCGCCGCUGAGCCGGGCUUCCACACCCCGGGCCAGUCCUCACUGCACCUCAGUGACUCCCCUCAUAAUCAGUACCCGGCGCAGUACGUCGGUGUCAGCGACGGGCCGUAUCAGCGCCAUUCGACGGCCUACAGUAAUGGGGAAGUGAUCAAUCCGGAUGAUAUCGCCGAUGAUGGCGAUGAGGAUUUCCCGCGGUCGCGCGGUGCCGCGGGUGGGGGUGCCGCGGCGGGCGCGGCGGGUGGACUUUUUACGGGGUUUUUUGCGAAGGAGAAGAAUGCCGACGUUGCGUAUAACUCGGUGCCUGGUGGGUUAGAGGCUGGAGCGGGGGCCGGGGCCGGAGAGAAGGCGGCGAAGGCGAAGAUGGACCCGCGUAAGAAGAUGGGGUGGAUCGUCGGUCUGGCCCUGGGAUUCCUUAUCCUCGGUGCGAUUGUCGGUGGUGCUGUCGGAGGCACGAUUGGAAAUCGACACCAUGAGAAUGGGGCCAAGUCCAAUGCCGGGGACGGGACGGCGGACGGCGAUACCAAGAGCAAUGGGGACCUCGACAAGGACUCGUCGGAGAUCAAGGCUCUCCUGAACAACGAUGAUCUCCACAAGGUCUUUCCCGGUAUGGAUUACACUCCGUGGGGUGUCCAGUACCCGGAUUGUCUCAAGUGGCCUCCUUCGCAGAACAACGUCACGCGUGACAUGGCGGUUCUCUCCCAGUUGACCAAUACUGUUCGUCUCUACGGUACCGACUGCAAUCAGACGGAGAUGGUGCUACAUGCGGUUGAUCGACUCGAGCUGAAGAAUAUCAAGAUCUGGCUCGGGGUGUGGAUCGACUCGAACUCUACAUCUACCGAUCGCCAGCUGGAGCACCUCUACAAGGUUCUCGACGAUACGAAGGACCCUUCUAUUUUCAAGGGGAUCAUCGUGGGUAACGAGGCUCUAUACCGAGCCGGCGACACCAAAGCGGAGGCCAUGAAGACUCUGAUCUCGUACAUCAAAGACGUAACUAGCGAGGUGAAGAAGCGCGACCUCGAUCUCGAGAUCGCCACAUCCGAUCUCGGCGACAACUGGACAUCCGAACUGGUCGACGAAGUCGACGUCGUCAUGUCCAACGUCCACCCAUUCUUCGCCGGUGUCAACGUCGACGUCGCCGCCUCCUGGACCUGGGACUUUUGGCAGAACCACGACGUCACCCUCACCAAGGGGACGAGCAAGAAGCAAGUCAUUUCCGAGGUCGGCUGGCCGAGCGGCGGCGGCAAGGACUGCGGUGACAGCGAUGUCUGUAAUUCUGAUACGCCGGGCUCUGUGGCCAGUGUCGACAACAUGAACACCUUUAUGGAUGACUGGGUGUGCCAGGCUCUGGAGAAUGGAACGGAUUACUUUUGGUUCGAGGCUUUCGAUGAACCGUGGAAGGUUCAGUACAAUGAACCUGGCAAGGAGUGGGAAGAUAAAUGGGGUCUUAUGGAUCCUGCGCGCAAGCUCAAGAAGGGUCUCAAGAUCCCAGACUGUGGCGGCAAAACUGCCUCUUAA